AUGCUCUAUUCACUAGUGAAUGUGAAUCAACGAUUUGAUCGUUUACUACUCGAUCCAUUCAAUAUUUAUCAUUUAGAUUUAACGAUCAAACCAUUGCUUUAUCAUAAUUCUCUAGUAAAUAAUCAAAUUUUCGAUCGAAUUCGUACACAAAUCUUACCUCGGAUUCAUCAUAAAAUAAAUAAAUUCACUGUUGAACCACUUUCCAUGGAAUGCAUUCUUGGUACUAUUGAUUAUUCUGAACUUAAUUCGUUAUCACUAGUCAAUUUUCAAUCAGAAACACUUUUACCACAUUUAACAGGUGAUACUAUACUCCUUCGUCUUACUGAUCAAAUCGCACAUCUUACAGUCGAUAUUACUGAUAACAUAAGUGAAAUACCUGAUGGAAAUGAACUAAACAUGUUUGCAUUGAUUCUAUCUAUUAGUAAAUGUUUAAUUGAUUUGACAUUUACUCGACGCACAGAAAUUUCAUUUUCUAAUCUACCAGCAACAAGUUGUGUGUCUUCAACUCUAACUAAAUUGAAAAUUACUGUAAAUACUUUUGAUGAUUGUCUUUAUCUUCUUGAUGCAUGUCUUCAACAAUUGUCUAUAUUGAUCAUUCAUAUAAUUGAAAUUAGCGAUUCAUCAUCGAAUAUAGAUAAUACAAAAAAUCUUCCGAAGUUGAAAUGUUUAACACUAACAUCGUAUUGGUAUACAUAUUUUUAUAACAAUCGUAUUGUUUCAUUACUUCAUCGAAUGUUAAAUCUUGAAGAAUUAACAUUAUUUCUUUCGAUAAUAAGAAAUGAAUCGACUUAUAUUGAUGGCACUCAAUUAUACAAUGAUUUUCUCAUUAAUAUUCCACGACUAAACAAAUUUAUUUUUAGUAUACUCACUCAUAUUAUCAACAACCACAUUAAAAUUGAUCUUCCAUCGAAGAACGAUAUUCUCAAUAGUUUCAUCGAAAGAGGGUAUCAACAAGUGGAUUCGUACACUGAUGAGAAACUCACGUAUAAUAGAGGCUACUGUCAUGUCUAUUCACUUCCAUAUCAUUUCAACGAUUUUAUAUUUAUGACCAGUGGUUUUCAAGGUGGUUUGUUCAAUAAAGUUCGAUGGUUGGUAAUGUUAGAUAUACGUCCAUUUGAAAAUGAAUUAUUUCAAGUCAUCUCACAAUGUUUUCCUUUUCUUCAAAGAUUAUCCAUUACUAAUUUGCAAUCACAAAAAAAUAACCAACAUUCGUCUACAUUUAUUACAUUUCCUCAUCUGUUCGAACUCGAUCUUAAGAGGGCACAUAUUGACUACGUCGUACAAUUUUUCUUUGAUAAAAACACUAGUUUACCUCGUUUGACACAUCUCACCAUUCGAUAUGAAACAUUAGCAAUUGUAACACAAGGUUUUACCAAUGAUGCAGCAUGUCUCACUUGUGCUAAAAUAAGACGUCUUAUUGUAAAAGAACCAUUUGUUCGUCCAGAAAAAUUUCUUUCGUAUUUUUCUUCAUUGUAA